UUGCUAUAAAAAACUACCUCUGAGACUGGGUAAUUUAUUUAAAGAAGAGUUUUAAUUGACUCUUCUCCACAGGCUAUACAAGAGGCAUGGCUGGGGAGGCCUCAGGAACCUACAAUCAUGGAGGAAGGGUGAAGGGUAAUGUUAAAGAUACAUUUUGAUCACUUCUAGGACCUUCUGAUGUAAAGGCAUAUUUGUUAAAAUCACACCCAGAGCUUUUAUUGUAAGGGUACUUUUUUUUUUUUUUUUUUUACACUUUCAGAACUUUCCAAUGUAAACAUACAUUUUGAGUACUUCUGGAACUUUUCAUAGUUAAGGUACAUUUUCUAUUUUGCAAUUAGAAAUAUGUGGAAUAGUUAUAUUUUGGCACCUUGAGAAUAUUCAGUUCUCAAUCUUUUUUAUCUAACGGUUUUAAUGCUUCUGAAGUUCCUUCCUGGUAAGUUGUUAUGUUGGGAAAUGGUGAUAUUCUAAUGCUAUUAUUUCUUUUUCAUAAAUAUUUGGCAUUCUUUUGUAAAGCACAUGCCUUUUUUAUUCUUUUCAUUUUAUUUUUAAGUGAAAAAGCUGUGUAGCAUAUGGAUUAGUCACUUCAUACAAUAGACAUUUGAUUAGAAAAGUUGGGUGCAAAUGAAAUGUAAAAAUAUGGAGUCAUAGCUUACAUGUACAAUGGUGGUUUAUUUUUCAAAGGAAUCUUACUGUAAAUCUUUUUUUUUUUUUUUGCAAAGCUAGUAUCACCUUUUAAUGUCUGUUAUUUUUAUAAACCUGAAUUUUCAUGUAGGGCACAUUUAUUCAACAAAUUAUUGAGAGCUUUUUAUGUGCCAGACACUUUGGUAAGCACUUGGAAUAGAGUAGUAAGCAGAAAAAACAUACCUGUCCUUAAUAUAGGGUGCAUCCUUACAGUUAAGAAGACAAUGAAAGUUGCCCAGCCUGGUCUCCCUUGAUUGAAGGCAGUUAUGAAACUGUUUCUUGUGAGGAAUCUUGAUUUGGAAGGUAUUAUAGGCUUUUCCUAACAAACUGGUUCAAGUAAAUGCUUUGAAGUUCAGAACCCUAAACAACCAUUCUCUAUGGGUCUGAUGAAAAGAAUAUGUGGUAUAAUUGGCAGUAUCCUCCUGAUGUCUUUCUAAUGUAAUGUCGAAUUAUGAUUGCAGAUGCCUUUCCUCAACGUGAAAUUUUGCCUAAUUUUUUGUCUUAGGAUAUUUCCCAAUGUUUCUAGGGUCCACACAUCCAUAAGACGUGUUCUAGAAGCAUGAUUCAGAAGUGUUGUGAGGACAUCACCAGGCAAGCUCUGCUUUGGUUACUAGAUUCCAUAUGGACUGGGUAGGAAAGAAGAAACACCACUUUCCUGGCAUUACCAAUGAAGUUAAUGCAAGAGCAGAGAAUUUCUAGAAGUUCUGAAAAGGCUUUGAGGCUUGUGGCAAUCUACCAUAGCUCAAACUUGAGGAGACCACCUUUCAUAAGUUGGAUUCAAAUACAAUACCUUCCCUGAAAGACGUUUUUUUGCUCCACUUUUGGGUUGGCUGUGGGACUUGCAUUAUUUUGCUAAAUUGGACCAGCAGUUCUGGGGAUGAAGAGAGGUCCCUGCUGCUUCUCAGUCACAUGGCAUGGCAGAAAUCUGCAGCCUUCGGAAUCUUCCAAGGAACAGUCAAGUGGCACUUAGCUAGAUAAAUGUUUACUAGAGGCAUCUCUUAAAACAAAGAGUUUUCCACCAAAGAUAAGUCUUUUUCUUUUUCUACUUACUCUAUAAUCCAGCAGUAUCUCCCUAUAGAUUAGUAAGAUGAAUGUGUCCACAGUUAGGUGUAUACCUGUCUUUUAAGAAAAAAGAUGUCUGUCAGUUACACUGCUAUGACCUCAGGUUCCAGAAUAUUAAGGGAACAUUCUUUCAAGAGAUGUUUCACUUUGGACUAAUCCUAAGUUUAGAAGCCAGCUUAUUGCCGAAGGGAAAAAGGAUAGCCCAAGCGACAAGAAAACACUUCUCACUAUGAAUUGGUUUGGAAGUAACUUCUUCAAGUCUCCUGAGGAUCUUUCCUUACUCAAUAUACACUCACCUCUGUUGUCAUGUAUGUCAUCUGAAGAUGAACAAUAUUUUAUUUCCAGCUUGAGGGCCCAUGUACCAGCCAGUGCUGUGGUGAAGCAGCCUGUUCGGGGAGCCAGUGGCAGGACGACAAUCACAGCAAUUGUCCAGACUGGCGGGGGCUGGAGCACCGGUCUCUUCAGUGUCUGCAGAGAUAGGAGAAUUUGUUUCUGUGGUCUAUUCUGUCCUAUGUGUCUUGAGUGUGACAUCGCCAGGCAUUAUGGAGAGUGUCUUUGUUGGCCGUUGUUACCUGGGUCCACCUUUGCACUGAGAAUUGGCACCAGAGAGAGACAUAAAAUACAGGGCACGCUGUGUGAAGACUGGCUGGCGGUGCACUGCUGUUGGCCUUUUUCCAUCUGCCAGGUGGCCCGCGAACUCAAGAUGAGGACCUCCCAAGUCUAUGAAAUCUGUGCAGUCCCAAUGACUAAGGACACCCUGGUUUGACAGAGUGAGAUAACUCUUCUUCCUUACUCCCCAACACCCUCCUUUCAAACCUCUGAGUAGAACAACUGCUUUUUCCUAAGUUUUUACUGAAAUGGUAUAAAAAUAAAUGAUUUUCCCCCUA